AUGGCAGCGGGCUGUGGCGUUGCUCACGCUUGGAUCAGCGCGUGCGAGAAAGAAGAGGAGUGGCAGAGAGCUUUGGCAAUGCUCAGCGAGAUGUCGGAGGCGGAAUUGGAGCCCAACGUCGCAUGCUACAGAGGUGGCAUAAGCGCGUACGAGAGAGGCGCGCUAAUGCAGCGGGCUGUGGCGCUGCUCAACGAGAUGCGGGCUGUGGCGCUGCUCAACGUCAUCUUCAGUUUUAGCGCUGGAAUCAGCGCGUGCCAGAAGGGCCAGCAGUGGCAGCGGGCUCUCGCACUGCUCAGCGAGAUGCGGGAGGCGAAGUUGGAGCUAUGGCGCUGGUAUUAG